AUGGACCCGGGGGUGCCGCCGUCGCCGCCGCCGCCCUACGAGGAAUUCCUGUACGGACGCCCGGCGGAACCAGCGAGCACGACGGUGCCUCAGCUGACGACGUACAACACCUUGCAUGAUUAUGUGCAGGCGCCAGCGUGCCCGGGGCCGCCGCCGCGCUACGAGGAGCCCCUCUUCGGGCGGCCGGCGGAACCAGCGAGCACGGCGGUGCCUCAGCUGACGACGUACAACACUUUGCAUGAUUAUGUGCAGUUAUCGUCGGCAGCCCCGUCGGCGCCCCUCGUGCCCUCCUCAAGCAUCCCGGCCUCUUACUGGACCUACCACGGCCUGGACCAGCUCGCGAGCCUCCGUCAAGUGUGCGUCAGCGAUCGGAAACAUGACAGCUACCGAGUGACUGACACAACGAAGACGUUACUCUUCACAGCCGCCCUGGAGAUGGAGUCCGUGUGCCUGUGCUGCAACUCCGAGAAAGGUCCUGGGAUGAAUUUCUACCUCCUGACCAGCGCCGAUCAAAAGGUCCUGCUGGGUAAUCGAAUUAAGAGUGAAGUGUGCUGUUCCGAUCCAGUCGAGACUGUGACCGUCAGCCGUCCUCCAGACGUCAAAAUAGGAACAGUUGAAGGACAUGGUAAGAACUUCGCUUUGAAGAAUGCCUCAGGAGAUACUCUUUGCAGCCUGGAGAUGGAAGACCGUGGUUGCUGUGACUGUAGUGAGAAAAUAUACCAGGUGGUUCCCUCUUCAGCACCUCACAGCCAAGGCUCAGUUGAAAUUUGUUGUGAUGGUUGCAAGAUUACUUUCCCCUCUGCUAUGGAUGUCAUCUCAAAAGCUCUACUAAUCUGCUUUGCUAUUAAUUUGUUAUAUUCAAUAGAAGAAGACAGAAAGCGGAACUGAAUCAUGUGUACGGUUUUUGUAUGCAAAUAUAUAUUUUUUUAAAUAUAAAAUCUUAUCAAUAGUAAAGAGCAUUU